AUUUUCUUUUCUUCCAGCUGGACUGGCUCGUUGAACGAGAACGUGGGAGGGUGAAAAUGGUCUCGAGUUAAUAAAUUUCAGCCUAGAUCAGAUUAGUCUGACCCUAAGGAAGUAGCUCAGAACUUUCCUGCCACUUCCCCCCUCCAAACAGCCAUUCUAGUGGGGAAGGAAACGAAGUGGCAAGACUUAGAGUAAACCCGCUUGGGUCAACAUAAGGAAUUAAACCAACCUACCAGCCAUCUCAUCAUCCGGGAAAGAUCGUCAAUGACAAAAACUUGGCGACACUGCCAUUUCACACAUUGACCUACAAACUGCGAGCAUGUCAAGGCCAAAGAAUACUGCUAUAGAUGCUCUGCAAGCAUAUGCAGAAGUAGAUCACAAAGGAGAACCCAUGGAGAUUCAACAGCACAUACACAAGCACCCAAUGAUCCUGUAUGAUCUGGAUACAGAGAAGCUCACGUGCCGCCAGUGCACUACGCCUUACGAACUUCCGAGCUACUACUGCCCCAAAUGUCAAUGUUGGCUCGCUGUUUACUGCCCUGGAUGUGGGGAAUCCAUCGGAGGCAAAACUUGGGUCUGCAAGGACUGCUAUUUCUAUGUCCACAAAUCAUGUGCCGACCGAUGGCCGCCGGAAAUCCACCACCCAUUUCAUCCGCUGCACCCUCUCAAACUCCACUACAGGUCUGGCGACUUCGAUUACAUAAGCAAAUAUACCUGCAGUGCCUGCAAAAGCAGCACUCGUUGCUUCGCGUACCACUGCGAAGAGUGCCCGUUUGGCCUGUGCCUCCAGUGUGUCUCAACGAAUCCUAAGACGAAGUUCGAGGAUGGAAAUCACAUCCUCUACCUGUUUCAGGACACAAAGUUCCAGCGUCACUGCGAUGUUUGUGACAAUGCUGAUUGUUAUGCAUGGAUUUUCAUAUGUGUGGUUCCAAACUGUGGUUAUGCAGUUCAUAUCCACUGUACUUCGCUCGCUUUGCCGGCACAAGUUCAGCAUAGGCGUGACCCUCAUCCACUUGUUCUUACCCGAGAUGUGGUCGGAGAAGAUGGUACGGAUGAGUACUAUUGCGACUCUUGUGAGGACAGGAGAGACUUAAAGCAUCCGAUCUAUUACUGUGAGGAAUGUGAUUUCAUUUCCCACAUUGGUUGUGGCAUCUCGGAGGCGUUACCUUCGUUGAUUGCUGAGUACGAGAAUGACUUGAAAACGAAAGGUCUUGUCUCAGAUCCGUACCUCGAAAAAAUAGAUGAGGAGCUCAAAAGCCUUCGAGCAAAGGAGGAGGAAGUGAGAGCAAAACUGGAGAGCUUGUCGCCAAAACUGAAGGCACUCGAAGAUGAACGUGCUCAGUAUCUUGCCUCUAGCAUAGAGAGCUCCUGCCUGGUCUGAGUUGAGCGUGUCUGCUGUUAGAUUCCAGUUGCCAAUUCAUUUGAAGCUUUGUCUCAACGGGGAUCACUGUGAUUCCACGUAUUGCAUUCACGUACUUCUUCGAUGCCAUAAAGAGGGGUUCGAUGUCUUUGA